UGAGCUUUAGACCAGACGUCAAUCAUUUCGCUGCCCUGCGCUCUUCUACACAUCCAUCCCGAUUGUAACAAAACCAACAUCAGUUCGACUUUUCUAAUUACAUCUAGCACCCGUCCCGGAUACUACUGCCUCGUCUAGAUAUUGGCCAUGGAUACCCUCGUAGCCAGGUACAGUCGCCCGACUGCUUUCCAGAAUGAGACCUUCGCAGACGAAGAGCAAGAAGACCUCCAGAACGAUGUCGCCCCGGGCCUAUCUCUCAAAUUCGCCAUGCCGCCUGUAGCCCAACCCUCAGCAUGGCUCCGCGCAGCAACAGACGACCGCUCAAACCCCGACUGCCCUAUCAAGAUCGCUCACGGUACAACGACCCUCGCUUUCCGAUUCCAGGGCGGUAUCAUCGUAGCGACAGAUUCUCGAGCUACGGCCGGCAACUGGAUCGCCUCGCAGACCGUCAAGAAGGUCAUCGAGAUUAACAACUGCCUGUUGGGCACUAUGGCCGGUGGUGCCGCCGACUGCCAGUACUGGCUCGCCUGGCUAGGCAUGCAGUGCCGCCUACACGAGCUGCGUCACAAGCGCCGCAUCAGCGUCGCCGCAGCCUCCAAGAUCCUCGCCAACCUCGUCUAUCAAUACAAGGGCAUGGGCCUGUCUAUGGGAACCAUGUGUGCCGGUGUCACCAAGGAAGAGGGCCCCGCUCUCUACUAUAUCGACUCCGACGGAACCCGACUUGCCGGAAACCUAUUCUGUGUUGGCUCCGGUCAGACAUUCGCCUACGGUGUACUCGAUGCGGAGUACCGCUACGAUUUGAGCGAGGAGGACGCUCUAGAACUAGGCCGCCGGAGUAUCCUGGCCGCUACGCACCGAGAUGCGUACUCAGGUGGUUUCAUUAACCUUUACCACGUCAAGGAAGAGGGUUGGGUCAAACAUGGCUUCAGCGACACGAACCCGAUAUUCUGGAAGACGAAGUUAGAGAAGGGCGAGUUUACCAACGUUACCAGCUCCCUGGACUAAAUCAAGGUUUUGGUUAGGGAUGAAUUAUUACGAAGGGCAUGCUGGAUGAUAUCAGGGAGCAUCAGCUGGCAUGUCGUAAGGGAGAAAGGGGGGAAGUGCAAAACAGAGCUUGAUAGACUAUCUCGGUACCUAACCAUCUCAGCGAAUUCCCCCGGGUCACUACCUAGGGUCCGCUGCGUAAAUGUACAACAAUUAAGGAGUCAAGACCUUCUGCCCCCUUUCUACAACUAGAUUCGCAUUGCUUUCCCUAGAUAGCCUAACUCCAGUGUAUGCUAUAAUACCAUGCUAUGCAAUAUAGUACAGAUAGUAUUCGUACAAGAUGGUCCGCUUUCCCCCGAUCAUAUGUAAACUUCUCUCUAAAGGGGUAUCAUGAUUUUGUCUCUUCGACAUUCUUCCAACCCGGGACUCCUAGAAUACCACCAUCCUCAGAAUUCGGAUCAAGAGGCCACUUCUUGAUAGCAAGGACGUCUAGCUCGCUCCGCCAGCCUGCUUCGUACAUCUCCAUACCGGUCCACGCUAUCAUGGCGCCAUUAUCAGUGCAUAGCGGUAGCGGCGGGCAUACAAGUUCGAUAUGGCUGUAGCCACGGACAUCCAAUAUCCCGCGUAGAAUAUGCAUCAGGUAACGAUUACUUGCAACACCACCAGCCACGACAAGCGUGCGGACAUCGCGCAGCAGCGUACUAUCCUCCCCCUUCCCCUUCCCCUCAUA